UAAAUCGAACUCAUCUUAUUUUGAUUCACGGCACCGAUCGGGGGGGAAUACAGAAGGUAACGAGAGGAGGAGGAGAAGGAGAAAUGGCAACCAUAACUGGUCUGAGCCUUUCGGGCCUUGGGUUUUUGGCUAGGGCAUCGGAAUCACAAAAGGCCCAGGCGGUCAAAUUCCCGGCGCAUCCAGGCCAAAGACUCGGGUCGGGGCGCAUGAUGGCAGCUCGGCCUGUGCGUGCAGCACCUGAUCGUAUAUCGGAGAAGGUGGAAGAGAGCAUAAAGAAGGCAGAGGAGACGUGCUCAGACAACCCAGCGAGCGGUGAGUGCGUGGCGGCUUGGGAUGAAGUGGAGGAGCUAAGCGCGGCGGCCAGCCAUGCCAGGGACCGAAAGAAGGAGUCGGACCCACUGGAGAACUACUGCAAGGACAACCCAGAAACCAACGAGUGCCGCACAUAUGAUAACUGAGAGGGCUGAUAUCAAAAUUUGUUAAAAAUUCGAUAUCUGGAUGUCAUGAUAUUGUUUCGCGCGCGGAAUCUUGGGCAUAUCCCUUGAGCGAUUUAGUUAUAGCGCGGACGUCCUUGGAUGGUUAAUGACUAGCCUCAAGCCUCAGCUAAAGUUUCGUCUUGUCAAGGCCUAAUGAGGCGCCUCCAUUUCGGCCUACUGUGUUCGGUGAUUCUAAAAUCGGUUUAAUGUUUUAUUGCAGCUUCCAACAUCCAGAACCUGAUCAUGAUGAUCUACUGGCUGGGAUCAUCAAUGACUGAAACGUAUUCCCUAACGUGUGCACGUUUAGGAUUUUCUUUUGUACACCCUCGUGGCAUGGGUAUAUAAAUUCUUUGACAGCC